AUGACCAAUCCACUACUAUCACCGUCUGUAUUCAACAGCAUUCAGUCUACAUAUUCUGCCCAGUCCAACAAUCUAUCAUCUGCAUAUUCAUCAUCAACAACAAAAUCACGAAUGAUUGAAACCCAAAAAUCCACCAAAAAGGAAAGAAAACCAUUAGGAAAACUUUCGAUAAAUAGAAUCCAUGCCACAACUUCUACUACUACAACUACUGAAUUUAAAGUACUGAAACCAAAACUGAUGAUGAUGCCGAAUGCUCGAUCACUUAUGACAAGUCCAACUCCUUUGAAUUAUCAAACAAUGCGACAAUUGGGUUCACCAACCAGACAACAACAAAAGAAGAAAAAGAAUACAGGGACAGUUUCAUCAUCUCCACCGACUCCAAUGUCAAUCCCAGAUGAAUUACAUUCAAAUAGAGACACUAUCACUGGUGGUGGUGGACUUUGUUUAGAUGAUUUUGAAUUGGGUAAAAUAUUAGGAAAAGGGAAAUUAGGUCGAGUUUAUUGUGCAAAACAUAAAAAACUGGGAUUAAUAAUUGCAUUAAAAGUAAUGGAUAAACAAGAAUUAAUUGAAUUAAAUUUAGAAAAAAAUUUUGAACGAGAAAUUAAAAUUCAAUCAAAUUUAAAUCAUAAAAAUAUAUCAAAAUUAUAUACUUGGUUUUAUGAUUAUAAAAAUGUUUAUUUAGUUUUAGAAUUUAGUAUAUUUGGUGAAUUAUAUUUUCAUUUAAAAAAAUCAAAAAGAUUUGAUAAUAUUGUGGCAAGUUAUUAUAUUUAUCAAGUAACUAAUGCCCUAUGGUAUUUACAUCAAAAUAAUAUAAUUCAUCGAGAUUUAAAACCAGAGAAUAUAAUGUUAAGUUCUGAAAGUACGAUUAAAUUAAGUGAUUUCGGAUGGUCAGUUCAUCAUUCAUCCCAUCCAUAUACCCCAGAUUACAACCACAGAUCAUCUUCCUCAUCAUCUUCAGCUUCGACGUCAAGUUCAUCCUCCAGCGCAGCGAAAAGAUUAACAGUAUGUGGAACUUUGGACUAUUUACCUCCAGAAAUGAUUGAAAGCAAAAAACACGACCAUAAAGUCGACAAUUGGGCAUUAGGUAUAUUAUUAUAUGAAUUCUUAGUCGGUAUACCACCAUUUGAAGAAGUGGAAAAAGAAGCAACAUAUAAACGAAUUAUAAAUAUUGAUAUUAAAUUCCCUCGGUUUUUAGAUAAAGAUGCCAUAGAUUUAAUCAGGAAAUUAUUAGUUAAAAAUCCUGAAGAUCGAUUAGAUUUGAAUAAAGUAUUGGAACAUAAAUGGAUUAUUAAAAAUAAACCAUAUUGGCCAAAAUCGUAA